AUGUCCAAAUUCCCAACGCUUCUCAGUAAUCCAAGACCCCCUUUUUUGACUACAUCAAGCACCAAGAUUCCUCCCCCAUUCACCCUGUUCAUCGUUACAUCCACUUACACCGAUUCUUCAGUCUACCCUCAAGGACCAUCGAACGACAAAGUUGACAAGAACACACCAAUCCGAAACGGGAUGCACGUCAUGUCUAAUGACUUUCAUGAAGCUGUGCUCAAGCUCUUCGGGGUCCGCUUGCAAGACCGCGGACAGCACCCUACUCCAUUUAAUUGGCUGUUCACUCCAAGGGUCGUCCCGCACGAUCAAAGCUAUCAAUCUUGCGGUAUUAUGUAUGGCUCAUACUCAAUCAUAUUAGGUUCGGGCUCUCCUUACGUCUCCAUGGAAGUCUUUGCAACCAGGGCGGCGCAAAUCACAGCCCAACGGACCAAACCCACCACUAGGAGGCUGUAUCCAGACUCCCACCUACCGGCGGCAGAGCGGGAAUGGAUGCUAGCAGGGCCGGAACCCUUCUAUUGUUUCUUCUUCAUAUCCGCAAUUUCUAGAACCUGCCUUCUUGGUGUCUGUGACGCUAGCAUCACAGUGGCUGCGCCCUGGACCCUGUCGGCCGCUUCCUUGCACCCGAGCCAGCGAUGGAGUACGGAUAGACGGUUCACGAGCGAGGCGGCGGCAUUGUACCGCGUAAGCGGGAGUCACAUCGCCAAUCUCCUGGACCGAACGGUGUCCGACGCGGCAUGUAACGCCAAGCCGUACAAACACGCUCACGCCAGAUUCGUCAAAGAUACGAGGACGCCUGCAAAUCAGCCUCAGUUUCUUCGACUCAUCUCCGGCCAAUCAAGGUCCCUUGUUCUCCAGGCUGGCAUGACGCCCACAAACGCCACCAAAGAAAUCAUCUAUGACAGCAGGCGCUUUGUCUGGAGGAGGGCAGCGCUUGAGAGGAAGCCUGCUUCAGAGAUUAUCGAUUGGGUCCUUCAGAGAAGCGGAUAUCUCUCCACAAACACCAAUGCCGAAGUCUGCCGUCUAAUUGGUCAACUUGAAGUGGUUUUCAACCUCAGGCCAGGACUUCCAAGCGAAAGGGGGAGACGACAGUUGCUUGACGAGUGCAGAAUAUUGUUGAGAGAUGAGAGAAAUGCGCCACCAUCGGUGGUCUACGGAUGUUACCACAUCAUUAUUAUCUCCUUUUCGGUAACCCUCAUCACUCCCUUCCAGACGGAUGAUGAUAGGGGUAGAGCAACCAAACUGCACAACGGCAUCACCGACAGCCAUGUAGCCUGA